AGUUCUUAAAGUUAAAUGCCCACUAAGGUUUCCAUCAUGUGCGGUUCUUCUUCGUCGUCAUCAUCCUCUGGUUGUGGUGGUCAGGCGGGUGGUGGCAGCGGUGGUGGUGGUGGUGGUGGAGGAGGAGAAGAGAGGAGGAGGAAGACGAUGGGUCGGGGGCGGAUUGAGAUAAAGAAGAUUGAGAAUGUAAGUAGCCGACAAGUGACAUUUUCAAAGCGCCGGGCUGGCCUUAUGAAGAAGGCUAAAGAGUUGGCGAUUUUGUGUGAUGCCGAAGUGGGCGUUAUUAUUUUCUCGAGCACCGGAAAACUCUAUGAUUUUGCUAGUUCUCAGUUGCAAAACAUUAUCUCAAGAUACGAAAGGACUUCAAAUGGUUGGAAUGACCCAAUCUCUGGACCACAGCAAGAAGUGUACAACGAGGUAGAAGCUCUGAAGUCUGAAAUCAUGAAGCUACGGAAGGGACAGAGGUUGAUGAUGGGAAAAGAACUGGAAGGAUUAAACUACAAGGAGCUUGAAAACUUGGAACGCCAACUCCAUGAUGGCAUGUUAGCAGUAAAGAAUCGGAAGGAUAUGGCACUAUUGGAAGAAAUCGAACAAAUAAAACUGAGGGAGCAGAGGACCAUGAAAGAAAAUGAAGCUUUGAAGAAAGAGAUCACCAAGCAUCUAUAUAAAUCAACAAGCGGUCAUGAAAUAUGUCUAGUAGGGCGAAAGAGUCCCUUCAUAAAGCCGAGCACACUUGCCUAUCUUAGUCCGGAUAAUGGAGAUGUCGGUAUUUCUUUGCACUUAGGGUUAUCACAACGUGAUGAUCAUCAGAAGAGAAAAAUUCCAAAAGUAGAGUAUGAUCCAUAAGUUUUGAAGCCAAGUAUAAUACUUCAAGUUUCAAUUCCAUGAGUUUUACAUUUUGUUAUAUGUGUGAAGAGAUAACUAUAAUUGCUAUAUUAAGAUCUAAAA